AUGGCGAUGAAGUGGACUUCUGUUUGCCUUGUGGCAGUGUCUCUGGUUGGUUGGCUGUCGGACGCUCAGUAUCUUGGGAAGCCUCAGGUGCCUCAGAAGCCUCAGCAGCCCCAACUGCCUCAGCAGCCUCAACUGCCUCAGCGGCCUCAACUGCCUCAGCAGCCUCAACUGCCUCAGCAGCCUCAACUGCCUCAGCGGCCUCAACUGCCUCAGCAGCCUCAACUGCCUCAGCAGCCUCAAAUGACUAAAUUGCCUCAGCGGCCUCAGCAGCCUCAACUGCCUCAACUGCCUAAAUUGCCUCAGCGGCCUCAGCAGCCUCAACUGCCUAAAUUGCCUCAGCAGCCUCAGAAGCCACAGGUGCCCCAGAUUCCUCAGAGGCCACAGGUACCCCAAAAGCCUAAUCAGACACCAAUGCCUCAGCGGCCACAGGUGCAACAUGACCCUCAACAUACCUGUGAGGUUGAGCCUAGCCAAAGAAUAGCGUGUGGUCUUCCAGGCACCGGUGCUGAAGAAUGCAAUGCUCUCGGCUGCUGCUUUGAUGGAAGAAUAUGUUAUUAUGGGAAAUUUGUGACCCUUCAGUGCACCAAGGAUGCACAAUUCAUUGUGGUGGUCGCUAGAGAUGCUACUCUGCCCAACAUUGACUUGGAGACGAUUUCUCUUCUUGGAGAAGGUCAAGGCUGCGUUCCUAGAGACAGUAAUUCUGCCUUUGCUAUCUACCAGUUCCCUGUGACUGCCUGUGGUACUGUUUUGACGGAAGAGCCUGGUUUUAUAAUCUAUUCGAACAGAAUGGCCUCCGCAUAUGAAGUGCAAUUUGGACCUAACGGAGCUAUCACCAGAGACAGCUCAUAUGAACUGAUCUUCCAGUGUAGAUAUAUUGGCACCUCAGUUGAGGCUCUGAUCAUUGAGGUCAACUUCGUUCCUCCACCCCCUCCAGUUGCUGCUCUUGGACCUCUGCGUGUGGCGCUAAGGUUGGGCAGUGGACAGUGUACUGCCAAGGGAUGUUUUGAAGCGGAUGUGGCCUACAACUCCUAUUACAACGAAAUUGACUACCCUCUGGUAAAGAUCCUGAGGGAGCCCGUCUACGUUGAGGUGCUCAUUCUGGAAAGGACUGACCCCAACAUUGUCUUGACUCUUGGGCGCUGCUGGACCACCACCGACACCAACCCCUUCAGUUUCCCCCAGUGGGACUUGCUGGUCGAUGGCUGCCCUUACGCCGAUGACCGUUACCAGACAGCCUUGAUCCCUACGAACAGCGCAGCCCUCUUGUUCCCCACCCACUACAGGCGUUUCGUUUUCAAGAUGUUCACUUUCGUGCAACAGAAAGUUUAUGACCCUUCGAAGGGAAAGACACAAAUCCCGUCAUCUGAAUUCGGAGUAGCUGAACCUCCUUUGGCCCUGAAGGAGAAGAUUUACAUCCAUUGUAAUACGGCUGUGUGCCAGCCUACUGCAACCAACAUCUGUGAACCUCGGUGCUUCAGGAGGAGGAGAGACAUUGCUGCUGUCGCCCAGACCACACCCAGACCCGAGUCUGUUAUCGCCAGCAGUAGAGAGAUUAUCUUCCAGGGUCUUUAA